AAGAGAAACUUGUCUGUGUCCACAUAUUUGAAUGAAGAAAAAAAAACAUCACUUCACAGGGCUCCUCGAUUCCUAAUUAAGAGCUGUCUAAUUAAAUUACUGCCUUGAGUUAACCAAUGGCGGCGCUUGUUUCAUUAGCAAAGCGGGGAGAGUGAUGGAGAGAAAAUCCUUCCUGAUUGCAGGCUGGUGUCAAUUGGCUAAUUUGCUGCCUUCGCAGCAAGUCAUAGCAGGGCGUUUUUUUUUUAGCAUUAGAUCUGGAAAGACGCGUGCAAAAGCUGGCGAUAUAGUUUGAACAAAUAGUGGCUUCCUUUUGAGCUAUGCAGGUCGAGAAUUGCAUCUCGCCAGCGAGUAAUCUCUCCAAGAAAUGUAUGAAUGUGGGCAGUGGCUUUUCGAGCGCCGACGGAUCAGAGCUUUCACUACGGGACCAUCCUAUUAUAUCUGCAAGUGACAACCUGGAGAGAAGUUCACCUCUGAAAAAAAACUCCAGGGAGAUGACGAAUCAGUCAGAGGCAGACAAUUUCCCUGACUCCAAGGACGCAUCGGGGGACGUCCAGAGGGGCAAACUCUCUCCUGGUCUACUCGGAGUCUCUGACAUCCGUCAUCAUUUCGAUGGAUCUGCAGGAGAAAGGUGCAUCUUUUCUCCAUCUACCCAGCCACAGCCAGUCUCAGCAGCUCCCAGUGCCAUGUUCCCUUACCCGACCCAGCAUGGACCAGCGCACCCGGCUUUUUCCAUCGGAAGUCCCAGCCGCUAUAUGGCCCAUCACCCGGUCAUUACUAACGGAGCGUACAACAGCCUUCUGACCAACUCCUCUCCGCAGGGCUACCCGGCAGCGGGCUACCCGUACGCGCAGCAGUAUGGACACACUUACCAAGGAGGGGCUUUUUACCAGUUCUCCACGGCACAAGCGGGACUGAUCCCGGGGAAGGCGCAGGUGUAUUUGUGCAACAGGGCCCUGUGGCUGAAGUUCCACAGGCACCAGACGGAGAUGAUCAUCACGAAGCAAGGACGACGAAUGUUCCCAUUUUUAAGCUUCAACAUUUCUGGCCUUGACCCAACUGCUCACUACAAUAUAUUUGUGGAUGUAAUACUUGCUGAUCCAAAUCACUGGCGAUUUCAAGGAGGGAAGUGGGUGCCAUGUGGAAAGGCAGACACAAAUGUGACAGGAAAUAGGGUUUACAUGCAUCCGGAUUCUCCAAAUACCGGAGCGCACUGGAUGCGUCAAGAAAUAUCCUUUGGAAAGCUAAAGCUCACAAACAACAAAGGUGCCUCCAACAACACAGGACAGAUGGUGGUUCUCCAGUCUCUCCACAAGUACCAGCCCAGGCUCCAUGUGGUGGAAGUAAACGAGGACGGGACAGAAGACACCAGCCAGCCAGGAAGAGUCCAGACUUUCACCUUCACAGAAACGCAAUUCAUCGCCGUCACAGCUUACCAGAAUACCGACAUUACGCAACUGAAAAUCGAUCACAAUCCGUUUGCUAAAGGAUUUCGGGACAACUACGACACUGUCUACACAGGCUGCGACAUCGACCGCCUAACUCCAUCACCGGGUGACUCUCCGCGUUCACAGAUCGUGCCGGGUGCGAGAUACGCCAUGCCUAGCUCUUUCCUGCAGGACCAAUUUGUCAGCACUUAUGCCAAAUCUCGCUUUCACCCUGGCGUGGGGACGGGCCCUGGCACGGAGCGCAGCGUCCCACUCGGCAACAGCUUGCUCUCCCCGCAGCAAACCGACGAGCCCACUGUUGCCACCCCCCCGCAGCGAUGGUUUGUCACCCCUGCCAACAACCGACUGGACUUUGCUGCCUCGGCAUACGACGCCGCCGAUUUUGCCGGCAACGCGGCCACCUUGCUGUCCUACGCAGCGGCCGGAGUGAAGGCUCUUCCCCUGCCGACUGCAGGCUGCUCCAACCGGGCCCUUGGCUAUUACGCAGACCCGUCGGGCUGGGGAGGACGCACGCCGCCGCAGUACUGCGGCGUCAACAGCAAAUCCAGCUCGGUGUUUUCCUGCUGGCCCGCGAACUCGAUCGGUGGCAGAGCAGGGACCAACUACCUGGCCGAGGAGGGGGACUCCAUCGCCACGGAGAGGUCGCCGAUCGUCGGCUCGGACGAGAGCAAGCCCAAGGACAUGGCAUCCGAGUCGAGCUGGAUAGAGACGCCGUCCUCCAUUAAGUCCAUUGAUUCAAGUGAUUCGGGAAUCUUUGAACAGGCGAAAAGGAGGAGAAUCUCACCUUCUGCCACGCCGGUUUCAGAGACAGUGUCCCCGUUAAAAUCUGAGCUGCUGGCACCGAGAGAGUGUGAGAAAAACUGCACAAAGGACAUUGGUUAUUACAGUUUCUACCCUCACAGUUAAAACAGUGUGUGCAUUUCUAUCUAUCUAUCUAUCUAUCUAUCUAUCUAUCUAUCUAUCUAUCUAUCUAUCUAUCUAUCUAUCUAUCUAUCUAUCUAUCUAUCUAUCUAUCUAUCUAUCUAUCUAUCUAUCUAUCUAUCUAUCUAUCUAUCUAUCUAUCUAUCUAUCUAUCUAUCUAUCUA